AUGAGUGUAUUCAGCACAUCUAAUAAAGAAUUCAAUGAUUUACACCUUAGAUCCCUUCUUGCUUCAGCUAAAACUCCUCAAGAAUUGCAACCAGCUAAAUUUUCUAUCAUGGUUUUAAAUAAGACUCCAUUCUUUGCCCUUGAAUUUAAUACAUCUCAUCCUCGUGUCUAUCAAGCUCCAGAUGGUGGGUAUUAUAUUAAUCAAUUUCUUCAUCCUAAUCCACCCCCAUUCUAUCAAUUUAGCAAAGAAACCCAGGAUCAGAAAUGGUUUUUGCCCAAAAUUACUAAAAUUGCUAAUGAAAGAAUUAUUACCAGGCAAUUUAAUAAAGAAUUGGAAGGUGAAGUUUUACUUGUUCUUGAAGAAAUGUCUAACUCAAAGUCUGGUGACUGGAUAGCAUUUGCAAAUCGAUUUAAAGACUUUAUUGAUAAUGUUUCAGAUAAGUAUGUAGAAAACGGAAAGGGCUUGGAUUUGAAUCUGACAAAUGGAUCUCCAGAAGCUUUGGACCAGAGGUUAACACCAUCAACCGCAAUAUUUUUUUGA